AUGGCGAGUAUAAAGGCUCAACGGACUUACUACGUCUCUAAUAGAACUUCGUUUCCUAAAACCCAGCAAAAUUCACCUCAAAAAACUAGAAAUAGCCCAAUACCAGCUUCUUAUAAACAUACAACACCAAGACCACCUUCAAGGUCGCCUCAGUGUGUGGGGAGAGUAAUUAACCAUGUUAGGUAUUUAACCCCUGAUAACUAUGAAAGCAUAUUAAAUAAGCUCCCAUCAAUUAAAAAAUCACAAAUCUCUUACAUAACACAGACAAUUGAAAAAUCCAGAAAAAGUUCUCAAAAUUCUCCAUCCCCAGUGAGGCAGUUUUCAAUCGAAAAUUCGAGGUCGCCUGAAAGGAAAAGCACUAUACUCAGCGACUAUAAUUGGCCUAAGAGAGCAGAAAAGCCGUCUAACUUGGUAAGAGCUGACCUAAGAAAAGGGUCUUUUUCUAAAAAACAAAUUAUUGGAAUGAAGGAGAAUACUAUAAAUGAGCAGGCUAAAAUAGAUUUAGAUAGAUAUUCAGGAUUUGGUAAUAGAUUUGACUACUGGGAUGAAGUUAAUAAUGAUUUAUCUACACAGGAGUCUCCAAAUUCCACUGUUUAUUAUUGCAGAAACAGGCUUAAAACCUUAUCAAUGGCUUUUAAGCUUGAUAAAACAGAAUUUCAAAAGCAAUUAAAAAGACAGUCAAGAAGGACAAUUUCAGAAAAUGUUCAUUUAUUGCAAAAUGAAAAGCAAGAAGGGCUUCCAUUUGAACGAUUUGUUCAGGAUCUAGACCAUAUUGCUAAUUUGGAUGAUUCAUUAUAUGAUAUCAGUCUAAAGAAAAGAAAUUUUUUGAAUAAAUGGUAA